AUGGCGUUGAACUUGAAAGAUUUUGUCAUUUACCAAUUUCAUCUAGUUUUGUUUUCAAUCAUCUUUAUGAUAGCAAAAAUCUUAAGCUAUGUGCCUGGGUUGAAGAUAUUUCUAGGGGACUGCGUGGCAAAAAUGGCGGGAAUUGAAAACGGUUCCUACUUUGCGGGAAAGAAUCUGUUUUCUUCGCAAAUGUUCUUCAAUGUACUCUAUCAGUUAUACUUGGAUGGAUUUAAACAAGCAAAGUUUGGUCUUGAUGCACCAGAUGCAGUGCUUUAUAAUCAAGAAGGAAAGCAAGUUAAAUUACUCGAUUUCUGUGAUACCGGAAGACCAUUAGUUAUAAAUUUUGGUUCGUGUAGCUGA